UGCAAAGAAUAAGAAGUGUUUUGUAUGCAAUCAGCCAACACUUGGUAUUUUCAAUGUUGCUCAUGAGAUACGAAAGAAGAUGGCCGAGGAUAAUAAAUAAACACAUCCAAUACUAUCCGUUUAUAUCUUUGCUUCUUGGAGUUAUCAUACAAUUCUUGUUGAAUGGCGUGUGAAGAUGGGAGGGGUUUCUAUAUAUGGUUGUUGCAAGUUAUAUGCCUCCUAGGCCUUCUUGUUCUUGGCCUAUGGCUAUCCUUACGACCGAAUAACCCCUCUUUCUCCAUCAUGUUAGUCUCCAUAGAUCGUCUAUCGGAUCAAAAUGACACAAUCUUUUAUACCCUUGAAAUCGAUAACCCAAACAAGGACUCAAGCAUUUACUAUGACGACAUAAUAUUGAGUUUCCUAUUCGGGCAGCAGGAGGACAAAGUGGGAGAGACAACCAUAGGCUCAUUUCGUCAAGGAACCAGCAAGAACCGCAUUGUUUCAGGCGUAAUUACUGCCAAACCUGGACCAUGCAAACCUCUCUUCAAGGCCAUAUCAAAUGCAACCGCAGAGUUGAAGGCUUCCCUGGCAACAAGAUUUCGAUGCAAGACAUGGGGAAUCAAAAGCAAGUUUCAUAAAUUACUCUUGAAUGGUAUUCUGCCAAUUGAUUCUGAUGGUAAGCUUUCGGGAAAGAAGAAGAAGUACCCACUUACUGGUAAUUCCAAAAAAUUGGGAAGGUCCAAAGUAAAGAAGCACUGAUCUCCUCUCCUUCAUUUUGUUUUGGUUGGCUUUUUCUUCCUCUCUUCUAUAUCCAUCUUUUUUUUUCUGGUUGGUCUUUUCUUCCUCUCUCCUAUAUCCAUAAUUUUUUUUCUCAUUUUUAUCCGUGAGGAUUUUUGUACUAUUGGUUUGAUUCAUGGUAGUUUCUUCAAUCUAAUAGAAUAGUUUUUCUUGCAUCUAGUAUGUGUAAAUUAGAUAUGCAGACAUUGACGAGUUCAAGUAUUUUGUGCUUUUCUUUGCUUCCUUGCUAAUGAGUAAUUAGUGUUCAUG